GCGGAAAGAAGCAUGAAAAGGCCUUGCCAGAAGGUAUAUUGGUUGAACGCCAUUGUAAGGGAAGAAUGAAUUGAUGGCUCGUAUAUUCAGAUGGGAAAGGGAAGAAAUGGCUGCUGGAGCUGAAACUGAUAGUGGAGAUGAUGAAACGGGCUCUGGCAAUUGUGGAGCACCUUUUAUCUGCCUGCCAGCCUGCAUCCUUCAAGGCGAGUUCCUCAGGUGCACAGUCUGUAUCAGUUGUUCAACUCAACAUCCUGUCUCCCAUCCCCCCUCGGGUCCCGGCAGAAAUCCACGAUACAGCGUGGUUCAAUUCAUAGGCCACGCGGUCCAUGAAUGGGUUCGCGACCGGGAAACUUGA